AAUUCACAAGUCACACAUCGAAAACAACAUACAACAAUAAAGACCAAAACCCUUUUGUUUUUCCUUCUCUUCAUUUGCUCUCCGUACGCCAAAUAUACUAACAAUGGAGGCAAUGAAGAUGAAGCUUUUCGUAGCGGUUUUGGUUGCGAUGAUAGCUUUCUCUGCGGUUCAACAAUCGGCUGCAGCGGUUGACGCUCCUGCUCCGAGUCCUACCUCCGAUGCAUCCUCGUUUAUCCCUACUGUCUUCGCCUCCGUCUCGGUUUUGGUCAUUGGAUUACUCUUUUGAGAAUAUUUUUUUGUUUUGUAAUAAGACCAACUGAUUGAUGUUUAAGUAUGGUCCUGUUUAUGUCUUGGGUUCCCGUAGUUGUUUUUAUGUCUUGAGUUUGAUCUCUUACUCUUUCUUUCCAUGUAUUGUUGUCGAAGUUGACUACUCAUCCUAAUAUCAAUAAUAUUGAUUA